GCCCCCCACAGUCCUUGGAAGCCUGUGCCCUGAGCAUGCACCCUGUAUCAUGGUGGCUGGGUGCUUGGACCUGAGACUCAGGCAUACAGGGUGUGAAUUACCACCUUGGGAAAACUGACCACACAUGGCUGCCCAACUCCUAGGGCUGAUCAAGGACACGGGCAGCCAGGAGCAUCCUGGGAGCUCGGGCGAGUAAGGAUGCUCCUGCCAGGAGCACGGAGAGCCCCAGGGCUGGGUGCAGCGUGCAGCUGUGAUGGACACCCUGUGUUUCCCUCUAUUGUAUUCAAAUCAAGUCCCAGCGGGUGCCGUUGGGGAGGGGCCUGAACGAGGUCAGUCCUGCAGCUUCCUGAGGCCAGGCCACUGCAAAAGCAGACGCCACCCUGGCCGGACGUCUGGACCAUGGACAGCUUUGCCGGUGAAGCCGACAGUGAGAUGGAACUCAGUUUCGAGGCCGAGAGUCCCUUGGCGCCCCCUGCUGAGCUCCUGGAGAGACUACCCGGCCAUGACUGGCUCCUGCCAGGUGAUGGGCAGCAGGUGUUCUUCCCACCUCCAGAGACCCCAGGGAGGCCCCAGGAACAGAGGUCGUGGUCCUGGUUCCUGAGAUACAGCAGGGUCCCCACAGUGACGGAGGAGGUGGCCCGGGAAGCCCUACUCAGCUUUGUGAGCUCCAAAUGCUGCUACGGCCAUGCAGCCGCCGGCGACCUGGUCAUCCGGGAGCUGAAGCAGCAGAACCUGUGCCGGUACCGACUGGAGACCUUCAGCGAAUCCAGGGUGAGCGAGUGGACGUUCCAGCCCUUGACCAACCAGGCGGUGGAUGGCCCGCAGAGAGGCCCCUCCCCCAGGCUCUGGGACAUCAAGGUCCCGGCGCCCCCGCUGUUCCAGGAAGACACCAGGAAGCUGCAGGUGCCUCACUCGUCCCUGGUCAAGGAAUGUCACAAAUGCCACGGGCGUGGGCGGUACAAGUGCAGUGGAUGCCAUGGAGCGGGCAGGGUGUACCCCAUUGUGGACUUCCCCCUGCCGGAGAUUGCGCGGGCCUCCCAGAGGGGCAUCGCAGAACACAGUGCCGCCCUGGGCUCCCGGGCACGCAUCCUGAAGCAGCGCCAGACCAUUGAGCUGGUUCCCCUCACGGAAGUCCAUUGCUGGUACCGGGGAGAGACCUACGUCUACUACAUCUGUGGCACCGACCACCAGGUGGACGUGGGCGACUUCCCUCGGCGGCACUGCUGCGGCUGCACCAUCCUCUGACGUCCCUCAGCGGGCCGAGGCGGGGGGACGCUGGGCUCCGGCGGGCGGUCCCGUGCAGCCCCCGGGUGUGUUUCCACGCAGUCCCGCCGGCCGACUGUACAGCACAGCCUUGCACGGAGACUCCCGGGCCGUCGGCAGCACACGCUCAUCUUUGCGAGACGAGUCGAAUCGGAGCCCAAGCCGAUGCCGCCGUGGGGCCUGUGUCUUGAGCUCGCUUCCCUUGCCCACGCUGGGGUUGUCGGUGCUUCUCCUUGCGUGAGCUGAGCUGGGCAUUCCUGCCAGGGUUAAAGACGCCCCAUUUCACUGCCCCUGCUGCCCUGCACACCCAAGAUGUGCGCUUGUUCUCCCUGUCCCGUGGGUGUGGAGUUCAGCCGCAGCUGGGAUUGGUGAGUCCCGUUUGGUGAGGUUCGGGCCUCACCUGGGAGUCUCAGAGCCUGGGGUGGGGGAGGGCUCCAGACUCGGGGCUGAAGACCCCUGAAGGUGGUGGCCCCCGUAGCUGCGGGCUGAGGGUUGGGCGGUGUUGUUGCACUCGGAUUGCGUGCCCCCAUUUCUGGGCCUGAGUGGAGAGCUCAGUACCAUGCUGGAGUGACCACGCACCUGCUUGCCAGUCCCUAGACCUGGUGCCUGCCCGUGGGAGGGGUCUGAGACAGGGAGGCUGGACAGAUGCAGUUCCGGACAGGCGUGCUAGGCUUUGAGCCCGCCCACUGAGCAAGGCGUGAGCCUAUGUCCUGUGCAGGGGCUCCCAGUGGGGCGGAUGAGUGACUGCCCGAGGCUGACCCUGGCGGCAAUGGACGAGGCUACCCUCUCCAGGGUGUCUGCACUGUUGACCCUGUCCCAGGGAGGUGGACAUAAGAAGGCUGGUGGGGGAGGGGUUUGGGGAGACUGAGGCUACCCCCCAGGGCCUGUUGACAAGAGACGUGGACACUGACCUGGCUCUGCCCCUGUAGGGGCUGCGUGGCCAUGUUCUGUCUGAUGUCGCCGCUUGGCUUGUUUGGCUGAACCCCACGUAGGCGGGUCUGGCUGGCAGCUGGUGGUCCCGGCAAGGGCUUGGGCCCGCACUCCCUGGGGACGGCUCGGAGGCAGGGGGUCUUGAUGAAGACGCGAAUGGAUGAGCACCUAGGGCUCUGAGAAGCCUGAGCCUGGGGCACCUGCUGCGCUCAGAUGUCAGCUCUGGCCCUGGCUGCCUCCAGCCAAGUGCACAGGCUGAACAAGGCAGAGGCCGGGGCGGGGCGAGACACAGCUUUGGGUCGGGGCUCACUGGGCCCAGACACUGGCUGGUUGCGGGGUCAGAGCCUGAUGGAAGGAUUCCCAGGGGAAGAGCCCACCUCCUCUCCCCCUGCAGCUCUGUCAUGUUCGGGCCUGGGAGGCCCUGCACCUGCCCACGUGUCCCCACGGCCGCCUCCCUGGUCCCGAGUGCCCCUCUGCCCAGCGGGGCGUUGGGCCAAGGGAGGCGCCGUUUUGGGUUUUCACCAUGGCCGGCAAUGGCUGUUACUGUGCAGACCUAGCUGAAGCCACUGGGGCAAAGCCCAGGGAUCCCUUGACCCCAACACUGGCCGCCAGGGCCUGUGGCGGCGGGCCGGCUUCAGUGCAGGUUCUCAGAAGGUGGUGCUGACGUGCAGGCCUGGGGACAACACCAGCCCUGCUGUCUGCCGGCUGCUGUGUUCCCUGGGCCUGUGCGGGGGGCGGCCAGCCCCAUGCUGGGAGCUGAGGGCUGUGCAGAGACCUGUAGCCCGCCCUGAGGUUCCUGGCAGUGUGGGAGGCCGGGCACGCAGGAGUGGGAGACGCAGGUGGGCGAGAGUCAGGCUCUGUAGGAGGAGGUGAUGGCUGUCAGUGGCCGGAAGUCACUUUUGGCAGAAAUUCUGGGGUAGCUCUUGUGCCUCCGUGAGGUCUACCAGCCAUGGGUGCAGGUGCAUCUGGGUCUGGAAAGAUGUCCCUCAACCCAGCCCCCGGCCCCCUGCCCUUUUUCUCUGAGCUGUGCUCCCUCUGGAUGUGGUCCCUGGGCAGGCUCCCUCUCCGCUGCCCGCUGCCCACGGUGGCCAGCCACCAGGAGCUCGUGGAUUCCCUCGCCCCAGCAGAGAGAAGGCUGCAUGCUCAUUUCCCAGCGGCACCCGCAGCAGCCCUGGGGAAGGCGCUCAGCGGCUUGGCCUGGGGCCCAUGAGCAGCCUGGAACCAGUCGCUGGCCAGGAGAUGCAGUGGCUCAAUUGGUUGGCCAGGACCACAACCCUGCCCCCCCCAGCUCAGGGCAGCCUUGGGCAACUCAGACAGGGCUGGGAACUGGGCAGGCUGUCCACAUGAGGGGCGGACAGAAUGCGCUUGGUAUGUGCAGAUGGUGUUCUGGAAUUUUCUGCAUGCAUUGUCCCAAAUGAUGUCUUACAUGCAUGAGGAGAGAUUGGCCUGGGUCUUCUCUCUGGGCUUUCCCGGGUGGGUGGGAAGUGUAUGGCUGCUGUGCCUCUGCCCAUUGGUUGUUAGGAACAGGAAUGGGGACUGACCUGGGCCUCCUGCCUGCAGGUCUGAUAUGUGCUCCUGGAGUGUGUGUGUGAGGUGUGCACAUGCGUGUGCACACAUAGAAUGUGGGCGUGCAUGUGUGUGUACAUGGGUGUGUGCACAUGGGGUGCAUGUGGGUGUACACAUGUGUGCACAGUGUGUGUAUACAUGGGAUGUAUGAGAGUGUGCGUAUGUGCACAGGGUGUGUGGGGGUGUGCACACAGAAUGUGUGUGAUUGUGCACAUGUGUGUAAUGAUGUGUGUGCAUAUGGGAUGUGUGCGCAUGUAUGUACACGGGUAUACAUGUGUGUACACAUGGGAUGUGUGUGGCAUGUGUUGGUGUGUGGGGUAUGUGUGUGGUGUAUGUGUACUGGGUGUGUGAGGGUACAUGGGGACUGUGGUGCAGGUAUGGGGUGUUUGUCUAUGUGUGCACAUGGGGGAUGUGGUGGAUGACUGGGAGUGUGUAUUCUUGCUGUGUGUGUGCACAUGGGAUGCAUGUGUGUAUGUGGGGUGUGUGGUACACUGGAGCUGUGUGUGUGCAUAGUGUGCAUAUACGCAUGUGGGGGAUGCGUGGGUCUGUGUGGCACAUGGUGUAUGCACGGGGCACACGUGUGUACAUGUGUUUUCCAGGCGGGAAGAGUGGCUGCCCAGGUAGCGGGGGGGGACUUCCUUCCCCCAGGUGCCCGCCCCUCCCUGCAGGUCCCUGUCCUCUGUCCUUCCCAGCGCCCCGGCCCUCACUGUGUGCGGGGUUUGCUGCGGCAUGGCCGACUGGGGCCCUGCCCCUAGCAGCUGUGUGACGUUGGCCUCGGUUUCCACAUCUGGGAAAUGGGGUGCCGCCAGCGUGGGUAGGAAAGAUGACGAGAACAGGCACUCAGAGCUGAGUCUCCGGGGGGCUCACCCCCUGGCCAGGCCCGUUUCCUCCCAGGUCCAGCUCCGGGGUGGUCAGGACUGGACGGCUUGACACAGGGCCUCGCCUGGUGGCGGGCCUUGUGUGGCAGGACCUGCGUCUCCGAGCCUGCACUGCUGAGUACGGCCAGGCGGCUGCAGGACGGGGCUGGUGUUGACUGCAUGGAGGGAGCUUGGAUCUGAGCUGUAGCCCAGCCCCACCAGCCGCGCGAUCUGGGCGACUCGGUUCCCCUCCACAGUCUCAGGUUUCUUUGCUUGGCUUCUCCAUCACAUCUCGCUCGGGACCCAGAGACCUGACAUCAGCCAGCAGAGGGCGGCCAGAGCUGAGUCGCCCUGGGUCCUCGCCCUCACGGCGGUGCCCUGUGGGUCCUGGAGCCGGGGGCUGCAGCUGGAGGGUCCCUCCUCCUCCUCCCGGAAGGCAGCCCGUGGUCUGGCCUGGUGCUCUGCUUCUGUCUUGCUCGGGGUGACCAGUGCCUAGAGCUGACACAUGGACUGCUGAGGGGUCCUUUGGGGGCGGAGCUCUCUGCUCUUCAUGGGGAGCAGAGGGGCCCUGGGCGUCCGCAGCGGGGCUCCCUUCCUCUGUCCUGGCGCAGUCUGCAGGAGGGCAGGGCUGCUUGUUUAGUGUCUCCAGGCCUAGGGUGAUUCUCUCCUUUUCUCAUCAGCUAAUGGAGCUGAAAUUCCCAGCUGAAAGCCAGGGUGUGGUUUGGAAAUUCAGGUGUGUACAUGUUUGUGUGCACACACGUGUACCUGUGCAUAUACGUGUGUGUGCACAUGUAUGUGUGUGUACAUCUUUUAGGCCAAUAUGCAUCACUGUUCUCUGACUGCUAACGAGUGCCAUGAUCAGAGAGAAAGACAGGGAUCUCGGGGGCCGGCACACAGGAGGGCCACGCCGGUGCCUGCGGCACAGCCUCUGUGUGUGGCCUGAGUGUUCCCAGCCUGGGUUUCAUGUCCAGCCCUGACUGCCCCCGUGUGGUCUCCAACACUACUGCUGGCCUCUCUGUGCCCGGAGGUCCCCAGGACCCUGAGGGCUGUGGUGAGGACUCGGGGUGGGGCAUGGGGGGUGUGCCUGCCAUGUAGCUGAGAGAUGUUCACACCAGGGUCACAGGGGAAGGCAGGGCUGGGUCCCAGCCAAGUCCGAGGUCGCGGGACACAGGCAGAGCUUCCAGACCAGUCCCUGAGCCGGGGCUGGCUGCACCAGCCUCUCCUGCACAUUCCGUAUCACCCUUGGAAUUUUGGAGUCACCAUGGCUGAGCUGCCGUAGCUUCAGCCGUUGUCCUCAGAGCGUUCUUACUCUCAGAGAUAGAAGGAAACUGGUGCUUGGAGUUAAGAUAUUUGGGUUCCUACAUCAGGCCCCUCAGCCUUCAGUUUUGGUUCUGAGCUCACGUCGGGCGUCUGCUUGUUGAAACUCAGUCCCUUCUGGGAGAUCAUCUGUAGCUGCCCCACGGGUCAUUUCAGGGCUCACACGAGACCCUGACUGGGGAAGCAUCUCACAAAAAUACUGCACAGAUGUUUUUCAAAGCUCUACCUAGUGUUUUUUACCUGCUUGGAGUGGGAAAGACAAUUUGAUGGUUCCAAAGCCUCCUGCUGCCUCGGACACUGUCCACCAGGGGGCAGCAGGUGCACACACACACCACCCCCUCGCUGUAGCAGCAGGGGCGCCUGUGCCUGACAGCUCAGUGCCACCUCUAAGCUCUCCUUUCUCCUCCUCAGCAGGCCGGUGGCUCCAGAAACGGAGUUAGAAUGUCUUCUGUUACUUGUAGGCUGCACCUCUGGUGUGUACCCUCCCCAGGGAAGACACUGGAGCACCUUAGCAACGUUUAGGGUCAGGCUGGGGAUGCCUGCUGGGAGUUCGCAGCCCGGGUUCACACGCUGGCUCUGGUAUCUUCUCUCAUUCUUCCAGCAGACCCUUCCCUGUGCUGGCCCUGGGGAGGCCUCUGGGUCAGGUGCCGGUCCUGCCUUGUGGACUCCUGGCUUUGAAACACAUGUGCCCCCUUCCGAUCCCUCCCCAGGGAGAGGGGCUGCCCUCAGUCCUUGUGUGUGUCCCUGAUGGGUCCUGUGAGCUACCUGUGAGGACUCCCCUCACUUGGCCGCGGAGGGGACUGACGCCGGGAGAACGUACGGGAAGCUGCCCUGCAGGGCGGAGCAGGGAUCUGGGCCUGGGCCAUCCGGCUCCGGUGCCCGCACGCUCCGGAGUAGCAGGGGAGGCAGACGAGAGGUUGACUUGCGACCUGGGCCUCAGUCCCUUCGGGUUCCAAGUGCAUUGGUGAGCCCUGGACCCUGGGGGUGGGGGGUUCCUCCGAAGCAGGGGAGAGGACGCCCCUGGGGCAGCUCUCAACAAACAGGGGAGUGAGACAGGAUGGACGCCAGCCUCCUGGGGCUGCGCUCUGGGGGCCCACAGCGGGGUGCUGUCAGCUUCCAAAUCCCCCCUCCCACCUGCUCAGCCUCUGCUUUGGGAGGGGCUGCCCGUGAUGGUGCAGCCCCCAGGACUCCACUCCCUCUGAGGAACAGAGGUCGGAGUCCCCCGCACAGCUGUAGCCCCAGCCCCAGACUCGGGGAGGAGGGUGAAUCGAGCAGGUUCAGAGGCUGCACGAACUGGGGUGGGGGGCGGUGUUGUGCCUCGGGGCGACAGUGAGGACCUGGCAGAGACGGGGUUCCGGCUGCCAUGACUUCCACCUCUCGGGAUUGCUCCUUGGCGCUCCCUUGCACGUGGGGAGCAAGGGAUGGCUUCCAUCUGACUUCUCUGUGUCAGCCUCCGAGAGCCUCAGUUUCCACGCCUGUAAGAUGGGAGUGGGGAACUUGGCUCAGAAGGUGUUCUUGGUCCCAGGCGCCACAGGCUUUGUCCCUCGGGGGCUUCGCUAGGAAACCACCAUGUGGAGGCCUCGGCCCUGCCCCUGGCCUGGGCUGCAUCCGCCCCGGGCCCUCCUCCUGGCCUGGGCUGCGUCCGCCCCGGGCCCUGCCCCUGGCCUGGGCUGCGUCCACCCCGGGCCCGCCUCCUGGCCUGGGCUGCGUUCGCCCCGGGCCCUGCCCCUGGCCUGGGCUGCGUCCACCCCGGGCCCUGCCCCUGGCCUGGGCUGCGUCUGCCCUGGGCCCUGCCCCUGGCCUGGGCUGCGUCCGCCUCGGGCCCUGCCCCUGGCCUGGGCUGUGUCCGCCCUGGGCCCUGCCCCUGGCCUGGGCUGAGCUGCAUCCAUCCCGGGCCCUGCCCCUGGCCUGGGCUGAGCUGCAUCCAUCCCGGGCCCUGCCCCUGGCCUGGGCUGCGUCCGCCUCGGGCCCUGCCCCUGGCCUGGGCUGUGUCCGCCCUGGGCCCUGCCCCUGGCCUGGGCUGCAUGCAGGGAGCACAGUCCUGGUGCUUUUGCUCUCCGGGCCCCUGUGCCAGGCCGCCCUGGGGAUCAGAAGCUGUUCCACUCCUGCCUGGUUUGUGCCGAUGCCCAGCAGAGACCUCACGUUCACAGCUCACGUCUCGUAACCUCCCUGCGCCCCAGGACGCCUCCCCCAGUGCUUACCCACCCAGGGCGUGUCGUGACCCCUCACAACUCCCCUCCCAUGCUCCUGUGCCAGUCCUCAGGGGCGGGAGGCACAGCAGACACUGUGACGCCUCCCCCAGGAGCCAGGCCCUGUUCUGAUGGUUUCCCAGCGGCUGGAACCCAAACAUUCACAGUUCUCUUAGGCAGCAGGGGAUAAUGUCCCCAUUCUAUAGACAGGGAGACUGAGGCCCAGCCGGUGUAAAUCCCUUGCUCAAAGUCAUAGGACUGGGCUGGGCAGAGCCAGGCCACCUGGUUUUGAAUCUUGGGUAGAAGGACGAAGUUCUGUUGUGGACCCCUGUGCUUGUGUGUGUGUGUGUGUGUGUGUGUGUGAGCCUGUGGCAUUCUGUCUUCAUAUGUGCACCUGUACAUGCAUGCAUGUGAGUGCACAUGUGUGUGUGUGUGUGUGCCUGUGCGUGGGCAGAGCUGCACGCCUGUCUCUGGGCCAUGGCUCUGGGGAGCUUCGAGCUGAGCAGCAGCCCGGAGGAUGCGGGCUGUUCUUGGGUAGAAGUUGGGGACCCAGCUGCUGUGUUGCGGGGCUGGCUUGGCGUCCUUGCAGGGAGACAGGUCCCAGGUAACCUCUCUCGCCGUGGCUGCGCGUGGAGGCAGCUUCAGCCCGGGAGGCAGGCCCCGGCCCUGUUCCAGCUCCUCUUCACGUCGUCAGCCUGGGGCAGGGGAAGCUGGAGCCUGGCGUGAGCCUCUGUCCUGCCGCUCACGGAUGGAACUGGGACCACUUAGAACAUACAUCAUACAACACGUGACACGUGGGCACUUACCAGAGCUUAUGGGAAAAUGAAAUGAAAAAUAAGCUUAUUUCAAUAUAAAAGAUUUGAAACUUA